AUGUUCUGGCGUUAUGGGGCGUAUGCAAACAUCUCUCCGAUUAACACGCUACUUGAUAGACCGGAUGUCACUGUUGAGGAUGUUCUGGAUGAGUCGGAACUCUUGCAUGAGCUAAAACAGCACAAUUCGAAGCUGAUCGAGUUUAUACGCGAGGAUCAUGUCUUAAAACGCAUGUUGGAAUACAUCGUAUCGCCCAGCCUUCUAAGCGACGACGACGACGACGACGAUGAUGGUGAUCAUGAAGAGAACGAGGAUGACAGCGCUAACAGAAGAAAAUCCCUCAGUUGCAGCUCUGGUCUAAUUACCUCGGGAGACGGCCAUCAGAUACAGAAAGAGACGAUAGCUCGCGACCGAUCGGAUAGCUUGGGUGCUGAUAUUGACCUAGAGGAACUUCAAAAUGCCGAGAAGGCGCGGCUGAAAUAUGCAUAUAUAUCUUCUGAAGUUUUGUCUGCCCCAUCAUGGUCCAUCGUCGAGGCUAUGAUGUUAAAUGAGGAGUCUCUUCUAGACUUCUGGCACUUUUUAUGGGGAAAAACACCGCUUGACUCUCUACAAUCGAGCUACUUCUAUAAAGUUAAUGAAGUGCUACUGGAUCAGAAGACUCCAGAUAUGCUUGCCUUUAUCAUGUCUUUAGAUGACGUUGUUGAGACAAUGCUAAAACAUGUGGAUAACCCGUCGGUUAUGGAUCUUCUGCUGAAAAUUAUAACUUUAGACAGCCCUGGAAAUGGACUAGGAAUUACAGAGUGGCUGUGUUCGCAAAAUUUCAUUCCGGUUAUAUUAUCCUACAUUACAACAGAGCAUUCUGCAUCGACACAGACUGCCGCUGGUGACUUUAUCAAGGCUCUCAUCACAAUAUCAGCGAACGCCGCUCAGAAUGAACAGCCAUGCAUUGGGCCAAAUAGUCUUACUCGCCAAUUGGGAGGAAAUCCACUCACUGUUGCGGUUGGAAUUGUCAUUGAUAUCAUCCGUAAAAACAAUCCCGACUACGACUCAGAACCACUGGAAGGCAGGGAUGCUACCCCAUCAAUUCGCGACCCUAUCUAUUUGGGUACUCUUCUUCGCGUAUUCGCCAAUCACGUUCCCGAUUUCGUUGAGUUAAUACUCAGUUCGAAUAGAACUGUCAACGAAGGCGGUGUUUUCAAAAUCACUGAAAGACGUCAUCUAAGUACGGCAUGGGGGUCGCAAGUUGAGCCUCUUGGGUUUGACAGAUUCAAAACAUGCGAGCUGAUGGCAGAAUUAUUGCACUGUAGCAAUAUGGGACUACACAAUGAACCCGGGAGCGAUGAAUACAUGCAGCUACGAGAUGCUGAGCGUCAACGUUCAAGAACGCAGGGCGUACUAGGUCGACAAGUUGAAGACUCUGGAUUCGUUUAUGCUGAUAAUUCCCAUGAAUUUGGAAACGGCGUGUCCCCAUCAGCCUUGGGAUCUGGCUCUCCGGAUGAAAUAAAAAGAAUCGACAGCUCUACCACUGGGGAGGAUGACGGUUUUGAGGACGUCGGUUCCCCAAGCGUGCUUUUAGAAGCCAAACUUAGCUCGGGAAGCACACAAACCCAAGAAACUAAACCUGACAUUGAAAAUUCUAGCCAUUUACCAAAGUUAGGAAUGCGAGACGACUUGGUAGAGGAGCCUCUUACUCCUCCACUCCCACAGACGCUGCCGAAUGAAAAAUUGACUGGAAAUUCAGAUAGCCGAUUAUAUAUUACACAAGAUGACCCCAUAUCCCCCACUUCCUCUGGGCUUACUGAUAAAGUGAGGCGGUUUUACAUUGACUCUAAUGUUCAGUUUUCCCCCACAGUAAACGAGACAUAUGUGGCGGCGCCGAAAGAUAUUACUGCGGUCGCUACCGAUGGCGUGCCCCAGCCGUCUAAAUCUAAUAAUUCAAUCGCCUUAUCCUCCACUAGUAGUCCACACCUCCCAGAACUCCAAACACAGGAUGAAAGCAGGGAAACCCAAACCACCAAGGCCUCCAUCAAUGAGCAAGUGCUUACUCCUGAUGAGAUGGGGAAGUUUUCCCAUUAUAUUCAGAAGGAUCCUGAUGGUCGCCCGGUCGUUGGAGAUUACUUAAAAAUGAUGUUUUAUACACACAAAGUUCUGCCCACUAUUCUGUCAUUCUUUUUCCGGUUUCCCUGGAAUAAUUUCCUUCACAAUGUUGUAUAUGAUGUUAUUCAACAAGCCCUUAAUGGUUCAAUGGACCAGGGCUUUAAUCGCAUUUUGGUGGUGAAUUUAUUUGAAUCUGCAACUAUCCCAGCGCAAAUUGUAAAAGGCCAGCGCGAAAGUGACGAGGCGCAAAGCAAAAAUGGAACCCGGUUAGGAUAUAUGGGACACUUGACUCUUAUUUCAGAAGAAGUGGUCAAGUUUACUGAACGCCUUGGGACGGAUGCUUUACCACCCGAAGUAAUGCAAACGGUAUUACAUCCCGAUUGGGUCAACUUCGUUGAGAAUACAUUGGCCGAGACCAGAGAGCGUGAUAAUGCUAUACUUGGUGGUGUCAAACCUGAUAUGUCUAUGGGACACCGACAGGCUGUUCUCAAUGCUAUCAGUGGUGGAAAUCAAGGAUUCGGGACGUCUGCAGCACUCUCGAAUGCUGGCCUUAAUGGUGAAAUUCCCAGCUCUGGUUUUGAGGGCCUUGGGUUUUCAAAUCAAGGAACAGUUUCUGGUGGCGUUUUGGGAUACGGAACUGGCACGGCAUCAUUAUUUAGCGGGUUCGGGAGCUCGAGUGACGAUGAAGAUGAGGAGAUGGAAGACUCCGAAGAUAUACAAAAAUCAUCUCCUGCUGAUGAAGAUGGCUUCAACUCUGAAAAUGUGGGUCAAAUUUCUCUUGAAGAUGUUGAUAUGACGGACUCUCAACCUAUCGCAAUUCUUCCUCCGCCUCCCACGUCACUAAGCAGUGGCCCUUCACGUGCUCGCCGUCAGCUUGCUGCCCGCCUUGCCGCUCAAAAACUAGCUGCGGAGAAAGCUGCCGUAGCCUCUGCCACUCUAAAUAAUGAUACAAUGACGCAAGAGGCUUCCUCUUUGUUUGCUGAAAGAGAUGCCUCGGCGAGGUCACCUGUCAACCCUUUUCUCAGUAUAGAUGAGGAGACAGACCUGGACCCUAAUACUGAACUUGAAUUUGUAUCCCCAUUCGCGGUCCCUGGAGACGGGGCGCCAUCCUCCAAACCUUCUUUUCUGUCUGGAUUCAAGCAGUCGACAGGCACUUUCUCCUCAAGCUCGUCCGAGGGAGAUGAAACUAUUGAAGCUGUACAACGAAACUACCGUUUACCACUGGAGGUAUACGAUGAUGAUGAUCUGAGCCAUAUACCUCCACCAGCGGCCGGCUUUUGCUCUUACUCAGACGACGAGGAUGAAGAGACGUUAAUUAGGGAAACCAUAGGUUACUCGGAAUUCUUCGGCCCGGAAUGCUAUGCGAAUAAUAAUGCCAUGUCGUCCACCAACAGCGGGCCUACCGGCAAUAGCGAUGAUGAGGAUGAAGGCCUUGUAGAAAUCCUUGUCCCUGGAAGAAGGGCGACGUCUACCUAA